ACAUAUGGAAAUGUCCUUCCAGUCUUUUGGAUCUUCCCUAGUUGCAUGUUCACUUUGUUGCUAUAGAUGUUUUUUUGACUGUUUCCCAUAACUCCUACAUUUUUCAGCUGCUUUCUUUUUCCAUACUUCCUACUCCUCCUAGCUCACUAUUUUGCUGACAUCACUAUAUACGCAAAAUUGAAUUUUUCUUCACCACAUCUCCUUGUACCAGGGCAUCAUGAUUUCCCUUACUCUUCCCAAAUUUGUUGCAAUUUCAGUUGCUUAUAGGUUUUUCUUUUAGGCAUAAUGUUUAGCAUGAUAACAAACUGUAAAAUAUGUAUUGGUUACAUUAUAAGGGUACUCUAAAAAGUUACAUAGCUUAGUACAAAGUCUAAACACUCAAGCGUCUGUUUGAACCUACACAUGGUAUCCACAAACUGUUAAUGAUUAACACCAAUAAACACUCUGCCAACACAUCUGGUUUUGGUAUCCUUUUCAGAAUUUCACCCUAGUCAGGUCUGUAAGUGCUUCUCUGGUGGUCCAAUGGUAAGAAUUCGCCUGCCAAUGUAAGUGACACAAGAAACUUGGGUUUGAUCCCUGUAUCAGGAAGUUACUGUGGUGUAGGAAAUGGCAACUGACUCCAGUAUUCUAACCUGGUAAUUCCAUGAACUGUGGAGCCUGGCGGGGUACAGUCCAUGGGGUUGUAAAAGAGUUGGACAUGACUUACUGACUAUACCUCUACCACCACAGGUGUGUAAAGCAAAAUAAUUUUGCUGCUGGAAAAUUUUAAAAGGCAAAUUUGGUUUGUUUCAUAUUUUGAUUCUCUAUUAAGAGAUGACAUUUUGGAAAAUGCUUAAUAAUCAACAUUUUUUAAUUGUGUGAUUAGUAUGCCUUCUUGUACUCUGAAAUAGUUGUUUCAAUUGAUGUUUGAUCAAAAGUGGGCUUCAUAAUUAGAAAAGUGAAAUGACUGGUGUGUGGAGGUUUAUGUGUAACAUUUGGUCAAUAAUUGUUUGGCACAUUUCAUCAUUAUAUAAGUGAAGUUAUUCUGAUUAAAAAAAAAACAAACAAGCAAACAAACUACCAAUGUAACUGGCUUCAUUCCUCUUCUUACUCUACAUAGGUGCGCUGUUUUAAUCCUCUCCUCCUCCAAUGUAUCUGCUUGCAUUGGACAGUCAGAUGGGGUGUUAACUUCCUGUUAUUUAUAACCUGUUAAGGCAGAAGAAAAGAUCAGUCUGCUUAUUCAGAGGUGAAAUAAGCAAUGGAUCCCAAAGGCCAGAGAGUGAAGCUUAAUGAUGGCCACUUCAUUCCUGUCCUGGGACUUGGCACCGCUGUACCUCCAGAGGUACCAGUACUGAUUCCUAAGAGUGAAGCUCUGGAAGUCACCAAAUUCGCUAUAGAGGUUGGGUUCCGCCAUAUUGACUGUGCUCAUGUGUACCGAAAUGAAGAACAGGUUGGCCAGGCCAUUCAAAGCAAGAUUGCAGAUGGUACUGUGAAGAGAGAAGACAUAUUCUACACUUCAAAGCUUUGGUGCACUUUCCUUCGACCAGAGUUGGUCAGACCAGCCUUGGAAAAAUCACUGAAAACUCUUCAACUGGACUAUGUAGAUCUCUAUAUUAUUCAUUUUCCACUGGCUGUGAAGCCAGGGGAGGAAUUAUUUCCAAAAGAUGAAAAUGGAAAACUGAUAAGUGACUCAGUGGAUCUCUGCCACACGUGGGAGGCCCUGGAGAAGUGUAAGGAUGCAGGGCUGACCAAGUCCAUUGGGGUGUCCAACUUCAACCACAAGCAGCUGCAGAAGAUCCUGAACAAGCCGGGACUCAAGUACAAGCCUGUCUGCAACCAAGUGGAAUGCCACCCUUAUCUUAAUCAGAGCAAACUGUUGGAUUUCUGCAAGUCACAUGAUAUUGUUCUUGUUGCCUAUGGUGCUCUAGGAUCCCAACGAAUAAAAGAAUGGGUGAACUUGAACCUCCCCAUUCUCCUGGAGGACUCAGUUCUUUGUGCCAUUGCCAAAAAGCACAAGCAAACUCCAGCUCUGGUUGUCCUUCGUUACCAGAUACAACGUGGGGUUGUGGUUCUGGCCAAAAGUUACAACAAGAAGUGAAUCAAUGAGAACAUACAGGUGUUUGACUUUGAACUGACUCCAGAAGACAUGAAAGCAAUCGAUGGCCUCAACAGAAAUAUAAGAUACUAUGAAUUUCUUAUUGGUGUUGGUCACCCUGAGUAUCCAUUCUCUGAAGAAUAUUGAUCAACUCACUGUGGUUCUUCGAUAACUUCUUACUUCUGGGGUGGUGAAUAAUUUUGUGCUUGAUGAAGAAGUUUAAAUAAAGUGUCUGAACUUCU